CCAGCGCUCACAGCAUCAAGACCAAUCAGCGUCGACGAAUGUUGAGCAGUUAGUGGAAUGGGAAUUAUCAGCUAAAACUGAAGUACUCUAAGAAAACCCCGCCACAGUGAUGAUUUGUCCGCUACAAAUCCCACAUGACCUGCUCUGGAAUCGGUCAGGGCCCAAAGCGGUGGGAAGCCGACGAUUACUCCUGGUUAUGCUCGCUGCGGUCGUAGUGGCGCAAUCGGACAGGUAUCCCGCAGGGGUGCACCCGGGUGUGUGCCCUAACUACCCUUACUGCAACUCUGCUGCAUACCACGCGUACGUUCCUUACGCCGCUGCUGCCAGCUACAACUAUCCUGCUGGGGUGAGUCCUUCCUCGUGCCCCAACUACCCAUACUGCAGCCACUACGUGCCAGUGGCCCCCUUGCCGGGACAUCAUGCCCAGAAGUACCCCGCUGGGGUCAGCGCGGCAGCCUGUCCCAACUACCCCUUCUGCCACUAGCCAGAUUAACACAGCAAGAGUCAUCUUUGGAUUGGCAGAAUGACAACACACUUGUUAAAUGAUUCAACAUAUUUCUUACACUGGCUACCUCACAGAACUUACAGAAACAAUGGAAGAGGACUCAGCCCUAUUCUUCCUUGCAUGGGCUACAAUAAAGAUAUCUGUAAGCAUAUUUAAUUGUAGCAUGGCAAACUAUUUAUUUUCUUAAACGUUUUGUUUCAGUUAUACAGCUGUAUAUAAAUGUUGCAUGAUGUCAUGUUAAAAAUUAAAUAUAUAUUUAAAAGUAUUUUUCGUGUUUCACAUUCCUAACUCCAAAACCUCAGCAUUAUAUUGUGCCGUUGUAAUGAACAGCAGAUGCAUAUGUUGAAUAUCAAAUAACACUCGAUUAUAGGCCACCUUCCGUGGAUUUAACGUUCACAUGCAAUUCCCUGUUGCUAUGGGAUCUAAAA